AUGGCGGUUUCUGUUACGGCAUCCACAAUUUCUUCUUUCAGCUCUGACCGUACGACUCGCAUAGCUGCGACUUCUUCAUCCUCGGCUUCUUGUUCAAAGCUAUCUUCAUCGUCUUUUCUGCAAGUUCCUGUACAGCUUCGAUGUGUUCGCAUCGGAAGAAGUGGAGUCUCGGCUCCCUCACGGCCUCGGAUUCUUCCUGUGGUUGCAGCAAAGAAGCAAACAUUUUCCUCCUUUGAGGAUUUGCUGGCUACUUCUGACAAACCUGUUUUGGUUGACUUCUAUGCAACCUGGUGUGGUCCUUGUCAAUUUAUGGCUCCUAUCCUCAAUGAAGUGAGUAUUACUCUGAAUGACAAGAUCCAGGUGGCAUUGCCUACUUUUAUCAUAUUUAAGGAUGGAGAACCAUAUGACCGCUUUGAGGGUGCUUUGACUGCCGAUCAGCUUGUCGAACGAAUAGAAACUACUUUGCAAGUUAAGCAAUAG